AUGGCCAACACACUACAUAACGCCGCCAUCUCUAGAAUCACGUUUGGAGAUUGUUCCAUUUCUCGUUGUGUUUUUCCAUCAUUUUCCACUCUUCCUCUCAGAGCCAUGCAAAACGGAAAACACGUAGAGCUUAGCAAAACGUUUGGGGUAGUAAAGGCAAAGUCAAAUGGUGAUUUGGAAAUUUCUUUGAGCCCAAGGGUUGAUGCAGUUAAAUCUUCCAAAACUGUAGCCAUAAGUGACCAUGCCACUGCUCUUUUACAAGCCGGUGUUCCUGUUAUUCGUUUAGCUGCUGGAGAACCUGAUUUUGACACACCCGCUGUUAUAUCUGAGGCUGGGAUGAAUGCAAUUGGUGAAGGGUACACGAGAUACACCCCUAAUGCUGGAACAUUAGAACUGCGCCAAGCAAUUUGUCAUAAGCUACAGGAGGAGAAUGGAAUUGCAUAUACUCCUGACCAGAUUUUGGUCAGUAAUGGAGCCAAGCAAAGUGUUGUUCAAGCAGUGCUGGCAGUUUGUUCCCCAGGAGAUGAGGUCAUUAUUCCCUCACCAUUCUAUGUGAGUUACCCAGAAAUGGUUAGAUUGGCUGAUGCAACACCUGUGAUUCUUCCAACCCACAUAUCUAAUAAUUUUCUUAUGGAUCCCAAACUGCUUGAAGCCAGCCUCACUGAAAAAUCGAGACUACUUAUUCUUUGUUCACCAUCUAAUCCAACAGGAUCGGUGUACCCUAAGAAAUUACUUGAAGAGAUAGCCCAAAUUGUAGCAAAGCACCCCAGGCUUCUGGUUCUCUCUGAUGAAAUUUAUGAACACAUAAUUUAUGCACCAGCAACUCAUGCAAGCUUUGCUUCUUUACCUGGAAUGUGGAACAGAACUCUAACUGUAAAUGGUUUUUCUAAGACAUUUGCAAUGACUGGUUGGCGGCUUGGGUAUGUUGCUGGUCCAAAAAAUUUUGUUGCAGCAUGCGGAAAGAUUCAAAGUCAAUUAACUUCUGGGGCAUGUAGUAUAUCUCAGAAAGCUGGUGUUGCUGCAUUAGGACUAGGCUAUGCAGGUGGAGAAACUGUUUCUAACAUGGUGAAAGCGUUCAGGGAAAGAAGGGAUUUCUUGGUUAAAAGCUUUAGAAAAAUGGAUGGUGUGAAGAUAUCAGAACCACAGGGGGCAUUUUAUCUAUUCAUUGAUUUCAGCUCUUAUUAUGGAAGAGAAGCUGAAGGGUUUGGUGUAAUAGAGAAUUCAGACUCCCUCUGUAGAUACCUACUAGACAAGGGCCUGGUUGCCCUGGUGCCAGGGAGUGCAUUUGGAGAUGAUUCUUGCAUCCGUAUUUCUUAUGCAGAAUCCCUUACUAUCAUAGAGGAAGCCGUAGAGAGAAUUAAAAAAGCACUUAUCCCUCUAAGCUCUGCAACACUUGUUUAA